AUGAAGCUGCCCUGGCUGAUCCCCGGAGCUCUCCUGGUGCUGCUGCCGCCCGGCCCCGCCGCUGCCGCUGCCGCCGCGGCCUCGGCGCCGGACCUGCGGACGUUCGUGGGCUGCGCCGUGAGGGAGUUCACCUUCAUGGCCAGGAAACGCGGCUGCCGCGGCCUCCGGGUCACCACCGACGCCUGCUGGGGCCGCUGCGAGACCUGGGAGAAACCAAUCCUGGAGCCUCCUUACAUCGAGUCCCACCACAGGAUCUGCACCUACAACGAGACCAGGAUGGUGACGGUGAAGCUGCCCAGGUGUGCCCCUGACGUGGAUCCCUUCUACACCUACCCGGUGGCCAUCCGCUGUGACUGUGACAUCUGCUCCACUGCCACCACCGAGUGUGAGACCUACUGA